AUGAUCCUCCCGUCCACGUCCUCAAACUCCUCCCAGUCCUCCUUCGACAGCCCCAUCAGCCCUCAGCAGAAUGCCGCCUCGUACAGCUGGUUCCCAUCCAUCCCGCGCCGCAGAGUCGAACUCCCCAAGUACCCUCGCUUCUACUCAACACCGCUGAACCAGGACCUGCCCGACUCGACCCCACUACAGAUCUACGGCCUGGAAGAGCGCGAGCCCUCUAUCGCUGAAAAGCCCCGCCGCUUCGUCCGCUUCUCGCGCGCCCUCGACGACAUCAAGGAAGACUUUUCACAGCCCCAGGCCCGCGGCGGCGCAGACGCAAUCCGCGCCCGGAGACAGUCGACGUUCUCGUCCUUCUUCUUCGACAACGGCUCGACGCCGACGUUGAAUGGGAGCGCUAGCGCCUCGGGAUCGGGAUUCUCGCGCGCUAGCUCAGUCUCCGGCGGCCACGGAUCCCGUACCAACAGCCCCGACUUUGAGAGACCUCCCGUGCCCCCGAUUCCAGAAGAUGUGCCCAUGUCUAUGAAACCGCUACGGCGGCUGAGUCGCCGGCUCUCGACGCUGAGUUUCUCGCAGAGAAAGGCAAGGUAUCGGGGUGGGAAUGCGAGCAUCUCACAGCCGAACCUGAUCGGGUCGUCCAACCACAUCUAG